ACGACCGGUGAGAGAGAGAAGACUCAUCCCAGUUCAUAAGAAUCAAAGCCUUGUUUGCUUAUUUAUACUCAUCCUUCUUCGGUUUCACAUUUCUUUUACUUAGGAUCAUUUGUUCCUUUUGAUUCUAACCAGGGAAAAAAAUCUCCACCUCCUCGUUUAAUACUGAGAUCGAAAGUGGUGAUAGAGUUGUACAAAUCUUGGAUGUUAAACAAGUCUAAGAUAUGAGAAACUUGAACAAUAACGUUGAUACGGUGAGCGCCGCUGCUUCUGCCAUCUUCUCCUCCUCCGAGUCAAGACUACAAUCGUCGAGGGUGCAGAAGAAAAAAUGGGGAAGCUGUUGGAGCUUGUACUGGUGUUUUAAAUCACAAAAGAACAACAAGCGGAUAGGCCACGCCGUGCUUGUACCCGAACCGGUUGCCUCCGGAUCAGCUCCGGUGGCUCCAGUCCAAAACUCUUCGAGCAACUCAACUUCUAUGUUUCUUCCCUUUAUGGCUCCUCCUUCAUCUCCUGCAUCGUUUCUUCAGUCAGGUCCACCAUCUAUGUCCCACACUCCUCAUGGUCUACUCUCCUUGCCGGUCAACACAUAUUCACUGAACGAACCGUCUUCAGCUUUUGAGAUUGGACCUUACGCUCACGAAACUCAACCCGUGACUCCUCCUGUAGACUCUGCUUACACUACUCGACCAUCCACUGCGCCGUUCACGCCACCUCCAGAGUCAGGUCAAAUGAGUUCUGCAACGCCUUCUUCCCCUGAAGUGCCAUUUGCUCAGUUACUUACAUCUUCUCUGGAACGAGCUCGGAGAAACAGCGGGGGAAUGGAUCAACAGUUUUCAGCUGCGCACUACGAGUUUCAGUCGCAUCAAGUGUAUCCAGGAAGUCCAGGUGGUAGUCUAAUCUCUCCUGGUUCAGGUACUUCUUCUCCUUACCCAGGUAAAUGCUCCAUCAUUGAGUUUCGUGUCGGAGAAGCUCCAAAGUUCUUGGGGUUUGAGCACUUCACAGCUCGUAAAUGGGGGUCGAGAUUCGGUUCUGGAUCCAUCACACCUGCUGGUCCAGGUUCGAGGUUGGGUUCUGGUGCCCUGACUCCUGAUGGUGGCGGAGGACUCGGACUCGGCUCAAACGAUGAAGCUCACGGGUCGCUUGAAGGCACUGUUUUUGGAUAUUCAGAUCACGGGUCGUCAUGGAACGAUGAAGCUCUCACGGUUGGUCAUAGAGUUUCGUUUGAGGUGACUGGCGAAGACUUAGCACGUUGUUUUGCAAGUAAGCUAAACCGAGUUGGUUUAAAUGAUCAAAUGGAUACGUACCAGGCGGUUUCGCCUACAAUGAGAUGGAGUGACAAAACGUGGGGAGAAACAGAGAGCGAACUGAGUCACAAGUUAAGAACGUUUUCGCUAGGGUCGAGCAAAGAGUUCAAGUUUGAUAACACUGAAGAAAUGGUGAGAACGGAGUGGUGGUCGAAUGAGAAGGUCAUGCGAGAAGGUGAUAACAACAGUCCAGGAAACAGUUGGAGUUUCUUUCCGGUGUUACGGUCUGGAGGAUUCAGUUGACUAACUGAGAAAGAAAGAAAAAAAGGGUUUCUAUCUUCUUUAUUACCAGAAAGAACUAAACCCUCUAACAUUGGAAGCAGUUCGGUGGUUUAGUAAGAGAUUGGGGUGUAACAACUUAUGCAUAUAUUGUAGGAAUCUAUGUUGUACUGAUAUGACAUUACAGUAUGGUAGACUUCAGAUUUGGCUAAAUAUCAAUUUCAUUUCAAAA